AUGCGGCUCCCGAGUCUUUUGGGACCCUCUUCAAGGCGGAGCCAGACGGUAAUCGGCAUAUGCCUCAUUGUACUGACCCUCUUUACGGCAUUCGCCGUCUCCCAAGCAUUGCCGCGGAUCCAAGAUGAGAGCGACGCGGGUAACCUGGCCAGGAGGGACGCCAACAUCGAAGCCAGACAGCUUCAAGGCGCUCCCUGGGGUCUUCCCUGGGGCAUUUUCGGCGGUGGCCAGUCGGCUUCGUCAGUUCAACCUGCACAACCUGCCAUAACGACGCCUCUGCCUGCGGCGGUUACUGUUGUUGGCAACAAUCAACCCCAAGGUCCCCUCGGCGUCAUCGGCCAGAUUCUUCCCACUAUUGUUGCACCCCUGACAGCAGCGGUUGGAGGUGUCGCUGCCCCUGUGGCAUCUGUCGUCCCACUCGGCAACGUCUUACCAUCCGUCGUCAACGCUGUGCCCUCACUGCUCCAGCCUGGGGGUCUCUCUGGUCUUCCGUCUGCUGUGCCAAACGCUGUGCCAAACGCUCAAGGGGGACAGCCUCCGGCCAAUGGUGGACUAGUACCCGCGGUUCAGAGCCUCGUCAGCAUCGUUCUUGGCGCUGGCGGCAACGCUGGUUCCCUUGUCCCGCUCUCUGGCAUCACUGGCGUGCUCAACCCACUCACAUCGCCUGCGGGUGGUGUACUCCCCGUCUCGCAGGUCACGGCGGUCGUCGGCAACGGCGCUCCUGUCAUCAACAUGCCAUCACAGUUGCCUGCAAUGUCUAUCAUCAACAACAUUCCCACCAUUGUCAGUGGCUUACCAUCAGCCAUUGGCCUCAUCACAGCUCUCCCAGCAAACCUGCCCUCCAUCUUGCCCACCGUUAUUCCCAACCUCCCUAUCAACCCGGUUGUCACAAACUUGAACGAAGUCCUGGGACCAGUCUCGGUAUUACUGCCCCUUUCCUCGGUCCUUCCGGUCGAUACCAGUGGCCUCAACGCACCCCAGUUGCCUGAAGACUUGACUGGUGCCGUGCCCAGCAUCCUCAGCUCGCUGGCCAUUGUUAUCAAUCAGCCUGCUCCCCCAGCUUCUGCCGUCGGAGAUGUUGACAGCCAGGCGACUACCCCCUUGGACGCGGCUGGUGCUGUUUCCUGUACCAUGGUCAGAAUCGCCAACGGGACUCCCGCCUUUGUGCUCACAGCCUGCCCAACUGGCGUUUCUCCUGCAGCUCCUCAGACCGCCGUGUCGUCUGUCUCCUCCCUGGCCGCUACUUCACAGCUGUCCUCGCCGGUCAACUCAGCCGGCUCUCCUGUGUCUACCAGGGAACCCGUACCUUCACUGCAGCUCCCGGGUGGCAGCAGUGGCACGGCCAGCCUCCUUGUAUCUUCUCAAGUCACCCCCUUCAUCACGCCGGGAAACACGCCAGCUGGGACUCCACAGCUCUCGUCUGCUGCUACAUCUCGUACCGUCAGUGCUAAUACCGUCUCUUCUGUUAACUCACCGUCGACUCGACCCGGGGCUGGAAGCCAGGGCAGCAAUGGCCAACCCCAAAACACCAACGCGGCACCCCAGCCUCAGCCAUCCGCACAGACUCCGAAUGCUCCAUCGAGUCCUGCUCCAGCUAUCCCUUCGCCUGUUGCUUCCACUCAAGCACCCAGUCAGCCAAACGGAGGUACUACUGUUCUCACACCGUCGGCACCGGCAACCAGUCCUCGGAAAACUUUGACCAUCGCUGCCGGGACUCCCCUCUCGAAUCCGGGAGCAUCUUCUCCGAGUGGUGGAAAUGGUCAAGGCCCUUCUCCGACUCAAUCUGCCGGAUCCAUCUUCGGAGUCGACGACGGGCCGGGCUCUUCCUCUGGCAACAGUGUCCCGCCAGGCACGCCAGUCAUUCCCAUCUCGGACUGCCCUGCUGUCGUUCAAUGCCCAGCAUGUCCUGCGUCUCCAGUUAAAACCCCGUCGGGUUCUUGCCCGUGUCCAGGCCGAGGCUACUCGUGCUCGGAGUGUCUCAACGGUUGGUUCUGCCCCCCUCAGGAAACCCCAAUGCAGCCGGCCCCUUGUGGCAUGGGCUGGCCUUGCUAUCACUGCAAAGGCGGCUGGUACUGCGCUCCUGAUGGCAGCGGCAUGGUACCUGCAGGCGCGAACAACCUGCCAGUCGUCGUCAUCACUACCGUCACAGCCUUUGUCGUUCCUCAGCCCACUGGAGCUGGCAGUGGUGGAGACGACAGCGGUGGCGGGGGAUCUGGUAAUGGCUCAGACGGCGGGUCUGACAAUGGCGACGGCUCAGGUAACGGCAAUGAUAAUGGGAACGACACCGGCAACGGAGAUGGAAACUCUGGAAAUGCCGCAUCAACGCCUUGUACGACACCAGGUGCUGGCCAGCCCACAGUUGGAGCUGGCUCUGGCUCUGGCUCUGGCAAUGGUUCAAACAGCGGCUCUCCCACAGAUGCCAACGAUGGCUCCGGAGCAGGGACCGGCUCCGGCAACGGGUCGGGCGGCAAUGGUGCUGGCAACAACGGCGGCGCUCCUGGGAACGGUGGUGCCGACAACGCUGGCUCUGGGAAUGCCGUAUCGACGACACCUUGCACAACAGACAAGAACGGCCAGCCCACGAAAUCUGCUGGCUCUGUCAAUGGAAAUGGAAAUGGAAACGGCAAUGGCAACAGCAGUGGUAACGGAGCACCCAACAGCCCAGGCAAUGGUGGCCCUGCCAGCAAUCCUGAUGGAUACGGAUCCUCUCCCGCAAAGCCUACCACCACAAACCCCAAUGACGGCUUGGGCUCGGGCAAUGGCUCUGGCAAUGGCUCACCAACACCCGGCGGCCACGGAGGCUCAGGGUCGGGAGACCCGAAUGCCGGGCCUGGUGGUGGAUCACCAGCCAAGACUGCGCCCAAGGCUGCCGCCGAGGUCUUUGGCUGGGCGCAUCUGGGCUGUUUCAAGGAUUCUCCCAUUCGGACUCUUGAUUGCGAUCCUUCCAACUACUUUGCGGGUAGCAUGUCGAAUGAGAAGUGCAUCGCACAUUGCGCCUCGAAGGGGUUCAGGCUUGCGGGUACCGAGUAUGGCAAAGAGUGCUGGUGCGGCAAUGCGUUCCAGCUUGCCGUACGCAUCCCCGAAGAACAGUGCAACGAGGUCUGCGACGGACGCUCCACGGACAUUUGCGGUGGCGACUGGGCCGUGACUGUCUACAGCGCCAGCGGCCAAGCCCUGAGCGUGUCGUUGGACGACGAUGCUGGCAAUGGUGCUGGAAACGGCUCUGACGGUUCAGGAUCGCCGUCACCUCUUCCGGCCGGUCCAUCUAUCGGGGCUCCUGCCGGGCCUCCGCCCGGAACUCCUGCUCCUCCAGCGACUCUGGCACCUCCUCCGGCAUCUCCUCCGGUAUCUCCUCCGGCAUCUCCUCCUCAGGCACCACCCCAGAGCCAGCCAUCUUCGGCUCCCGUAGGAAUCUCCCAGCCUGCCCCCAACCCGCCACCACAGCCGCAAAUCGAUGUGGCGUCUCUCAUCAAGAGCAUUCUGGAUGCUCUGCCCAAGGCAAGCCCUGAUGGUGGAUAUGGCAGCAGCCUGGGAGCAAGGGACUCUGGGGCGUCUGACAACAAUGGGCAUGUAAGACCAGGCAACGCUGGUAACCCCAACGGCGGCACGGUAGGUGCCCCGAUGAUGGGAUCGGGCCCCAGUAACCCGGAAGAUGGGCUCAUGAAUUACGGCAUGCCAAAAGGAGACACGACCAGCCGCAGCGUGAAGCGGAGCAGCAUCAUAGGACGACGAGCGGUCGCAAAGUUUGAUGGUGUCGGGUAUGGCAAUGAAGCAGAUGGAUACAACGGCGACUAUGUGGCCGAAAAGGCGUAA